AUGUAUAGCUGUAAACUAUUGUUGAGUUUCCUACUGAUGUUGUUAAUUUAUAUAGGCCAGCAUGCAGUUGGUAACUACAAACCCCAAAGUGGAGAAUGGCUGGACGGAAAACGAGUGGAUAUUCUUCUAAUUCCUAUCACCACCAUCACUGGAUCAUUACCGCCUGUCGUAAUCGAAAUACAAAACGUUGUCGACAAAGCUUACAUACACAGAUUGAAUCAAUAUUGCAGUAAUAUGUAUGAUGAAUACUGUAAUAUAGAGCCGGUUGUCCUCACGAUUUGUAUCAAAAGCACGCGGGCAGAACUAUGCAAAAGCAAUCACAACGACCCAAAUACCAACGACCCAAAUAGCAUUGACCCAUAUAGCAACAACAGCAGCAUAAAUAACGCUGAACCUCUUCCUCCUUUGCUCGCGCUAAGUUAUGUACUUAUGGAACAAAAAUGCUCUUUAUUCGGAUUGCAGUACAAGGAAGAUCUGACCGUGAUACUAAUUUACAGAAUUGCUAAAGAAGCCCUGGAUCAUCAUCUUCAAGACCAUCAAUCUACUGUCGAUAGCUUGCACAGGAGCGACAUUGACAUUUUACAAACAAUACCACCUGAACCAUUUGAUGACAUGAAUAUAUAUCAUCCUCAAUGGUCCAACGGCUAG